AUGAGCGGGGAGUCACUACCGAGUAUUAACGACUUGGAAAAUUCUCUGGAAAUGAAUCAAGACCGUUUGAUGGAAGGGCCAAAUGCCAGAGUACCCAAAGUUGAUGUGACUACAUGUGCAAUGCUGACUGUUCGCUUGAUCCGCCAUGCACGCCAGGUUUGGCCGGAGGCUUUUCCUGUUAUUGCACGCCAAUUUUCUCGUUUUUUGACGAGAUCCAAUUUGAACGAAGCCGGGAAAUCAACAUCUGACCGGGCGAAGAUCCAUCGCUUCAAGACUCAAAAAUACAACGAGUGUCUCUGGGAAUUGUCGCUUCCCACGAAAAUGCAUCCAUUUCGGUCAGCCUUCAUACAACAACAGGCACAGUUUGAGCUCCUUAGGGCCAUGGCUUCCAAUAAGCCUGUUCUUCCCGUUACGCGGACAGGCUACCGAGCUGUUGUUGCAGUCCAGCUGGCCCAUAAAAAGACAACAGCCGAGCGCCAGUCUGCCGAUUUGAAGGCCCCCUCAUGGCCACCGUGGAAAGAGGAAAGGCUUGGCAUGGAUGCUCAGCGAGGCAAUGAAGGUCUACACAGUCGUGCGAUGAACGUGCUGACUCAGAUGAAAGAAGCCGGUUACUCUCCUCAGCUGUGGGAAGAAAUAUCUGCUAUCCUUGCUGGUUGGGACUCCGAUGGUAGUCCUACCGUGCAAACAAGAGCUCUAGCCUCUAGGCGGCCUUUGUCUUUGAAAAUCUCUCACGACCGCAACCGCGAGUUGGUGUGGGCUGCAAGAAUCCGCGCUACCAGAACUGUGCGUGAAGCCUGGGCUUGUUUUCUAUCAUACCAGGACCAAGGUCUACCUAUGAAGGCCGUCAUUUAUGCUGCAAUGGCCGAAAAAUUGAUAUUCCGCCAUAAGGCGGCCAACAGCCAUUUUGAUCUGACUAGUCAUGCUUUACCCGGUGACGGUCGGGAGGUCUACCCUGAACCCGCUUCCGCUCGAGACAUCAUCUACGUGCGUACAGAGCCGCCGACUUUAGACGAUUUUCUGGAUGGAAUGAUCUCUCAAGGAUUCCGUCCUUCUGGGAAACUGCUCUCCCUUCUUCUUCAGUCUGCUCCAAAUUUUUCCUCGGGAUUGGCCUACUUACAAUGUAGCAAUCUUACAGAGGACCAGAUCAUAGCGCUGUGUACUGUGUGGCACCAGCCGUCAGAAUAUCAAGCACAUCGGAAGGCGCUUGAGGCUCUGCCAGAUUUUGUAUUCGGCUCAUUCAUCCAGUUCCUAUGCCGGCAUUCGCGGACGACUGUCGCCACCUAUGCAAGGGAUGUUUUUAUGGCCGACCGACUACCAGAGCGAACAGUCGAAGACCAAUACAAUGAACCGCUUGCAAAUCUUUCAGAGUACCAGGAGCCGGAAUGGCAGACUGGUCAUCCGAUGGCCCUUUGGCAUGCUAUCCAAUUAGUCAAGUCGCGGCAACCACCUUGUCGCUGGGCUUGGCAUAAUCUUCUGUCUACCUUCAGUCGUGAUCCCAUUCAGGGAUUUCAUCGAGCGUAUGAUAAAUGGCUUGUCCGCAUAUUGGCAUGGCACGGGAUGCUUCAAGUUUUGAAUUGGAUGCGAGCACGCAAGAUUGAACUCGGGCCAAAGGAUUUCCAACCCUUAUGUGUGUCAUUUUACAAGGCUGUUGAUGCUGGCAUCCAACAGCCUUCGAAGGCAGAGAAGGCAUUCAAGCUCUAUCAGACCGCUACGAAAUCCCCAGAGAUUGAGGGCCGAGAUGAAUUCGACACCUUAAUUGAGGAUGGCCUGUUGCUCCUGAAGACCCAUUUUGAUCAGCUGGUCCUUCCUUCGGCGAAAACAUCCGGCGUAGCAGAGAAAAGCAUGUUUGGGAUGGAUAAUAAGAGCGAAUCACCUCCUGAGAUGCCUACAGUUCUUCAUGUUCCGUCGUAUGCGACGCUGCAUAGUUUUGUGCGGGCCAUGGGAAUUGUGGGAGACGAUGACGGCCUGUUACAUUUACUGAGGUGGAUGAGUCAGUCAGCUGAGUUGCUCAAUGAGCUUGCUGAAGAGCGCCUGAAUGGAGAGCGAAUGAUGCGGCAGACUCUGGUGGCGAUCCGUUUGUAUCUGGAGAAGCUACACCCCCAGUCUAUUAAUGGCGAUCGGAUAGCAUCGGACUGCAAAGUGCAGGAGGCAUACGACAUUGUCAGCCGGACACUUGGCUGGGAGUGGCCAAGUAAUGCGGAGAUCGAGGAAUACUUAUUGUACAAUACUGUAACUUUUACAUAG